CGUCAUGAUUUUGCGCUGGCCGGACAACUCCUGUUGACCUCUGAUCCACCGACCCGCAAAGCCCUCUUCCUCUCCUUCGAAAUCCCUAAAAAAUUCCUGCGGAGAAAGAGAGAGAACCCUAAUCCCGCCGGUUAGAUAUGUCAACGUCGGGACAACCUCAGUUCAGGUACACGCAGACUCCGUCCAAGGUCAUCCACCUCCGCAACCUCCCGUGGGAAUGCGGCGAAGAGGAGCUCAUCGAGCUCUGCCAGCCCUUCGGCAAGGUCGUCAACACCAAGUGCAAUGUCGGCGCCAACAAGAACCAGGCUUUCGUCGAAUUCACUGAGCUAAGUCAUGCUAUCUCGAUGGUGUCAUAUUACGCUUCAUCCUCGGAGCCUGCACAGAUUCGUGGCAAGACUGUGUAUAUCCAGUAUUCCAAUAGACAUGAAAUUGUGCACAAUAAGAGUCCAGGAGAUGUUCCUGGAAAUGUUUUGCUGGUUACCAUGGAGGGCGUUGAGGCUGGCGAUGUGAGCAUAGAUGUUAUCCACCUGGUAUUUUCUGCUUUUGGAUUUGUACACAAAAUUGCCACAUUUGAGAAGGCUGCUGGCUUUCAGGCACUUAUUCAAUUUAGUGAUGUUGAGACUGCAUCUGCAGCAAGGACUCAAUUAGAUGGAAGAAGUAUACCCAGUUACCUACUUCCAGAGCAUGUUAAGUCGUGUAACUUGCGAAUUACAUAUUCUGCCCAUACGGAUUUAAACAUCAAGUUCCAGUCUCAUAGAAGCAGGGACUACACAAAUCCUUAUCUUCCUGUUAAUCCAACUGCAAUUGAGGGAAUUAUGCAGCCUGCGUUAGGUCCUGAUGGAAAAAGGAAUGAACCUGAGAGUAAUGUGCUUCUUGCUUCAAUAGAAAACAUGCAGUAUGCUGUUACAGUGGAUGCACUUCACACGGUGUUUUCUGCCUUUGGUCCUGUGCAAAAAAUUGCUAUAUUUGAGAAGAAUGGUGGAACUCAAGCAUUGAUUCAGUACCCUGACAUAACGACUGCAGCAGUUGCCAAAGAGGCGUUAGAGGGCCAUUGCAUCUAUGAUGGUGGUUAUUGUAAGCUUCAUCUAUCAUACUCUCGUCAUACUGAUCUCAAUAUAAAGGCUUACAGUGACAAAAGUAGAGAUUAUACAAUCCCCAACCCUAGUUUGAUUGCAACCCAGCCCAGUUCUGGACAUCCUGCUGCCCCACCAGUCUGGCAGAAUCCUGCGAUGAGUGCUGCAACUUCUGCGCAAGCUCCAAUGCCUGGGGGCCAAGUUCCCUCAUGGGAUCAGACAAUGAAUGCGAGACCAGGCUUUGUCUCUGCUUCUGGUUCUUUUCCUGGCCAAAACUUUGCCCCACCUAGCUAUCCUCAGUAUUCUGCUGCUGCCAUGCCAGUUGGUUCUUCUCCCAUGCCACACACUGGCCAAAUUUCUCCAAAUGCAGCUUCCAUGAGAAUGCCUCAUGUCAGUCCUGGAGGAGCUUCACUACCUGGCCAACCACCGUAUUAUGGGCAUUGAGCUGUGCCUGACUUCUCAGUGGUAAAAUCUUUAGGUGGUUUUUCUCCACUUCCAUGCCGAUCAAGUGUGGGAAGAGACGUUUGGACAAGGAAAUUUAACUUUAAUUCAAAUGCAGUUGCUUCAGUGGCUCAGGUUUGUCUUGUUGCUUGAAUGUAUGAUCUCUUCUGACAUUGAUCUGACUUUUGAGGUUCGGGCAACUUUCAUACUUAAGAAGAAAUUUGUUGAUAGGGACCGUUGUUUCCAAAUUGCUGAUUACAUGUUGUCUAGCUGUCUCCAUUUGUAAGCUCGCUAGAAGUAAUUGUUAUGUGCAUAAGUUUGCCUGGCUGCUUCUUC